AUGAUAAAACUCAGUAGGAAGGUAGAAGGCUUAGAUAGUGCGGUUGAUAUUGUUGGGACAGGUGGUGAUGGUGCCAACACAGUCAACAUUUCAACGGGUGCUGCGAUACUUGCGGCUGCUUGUGGUGCAAAAGUUGCGAAGCAAGGGAAUAGGUCGAGUUCGUCUGCUUGUGGAAGUGCCGAUGUAUUGGAAGAAUUGGGUGUUGUAAUUGACUUGGAGCCUGAGGCUGUGACAAGGUGUGUGAAGGAAGCAGGAAUCGGUUUUAUGAUGGCUCCAAUCUACCAUCCAGCAAUGAAGGUUGUCAUGCCUGUGAGAAAGAAGCUUAAAGUGAAAACUGUAUUCAACAUCUUGGGCCCAAUGUUGAAUCCAGCACGGGUGCCUUUUGCCGUGGUUGGUGUGUACAAGGAAGAUUUAGUUCAAAAGAUGGCUAACGCACUUCAACGAUUUGGCGUGAAAAGAGCAUUGGUUGUUCACUCCGAGGGCCUAGACGAAAUGAGUCCCCUUGGACCUGGGAUAGUCCUUGAUGUCACCCCGGACAAGAUUGAGAAGUUUUCAUUUGAUCCAUUGGAUUUUGGGAUCCCUCGGUGUACCGUGGAUGACUUGCGAGGCGGAGGUCCGGAGUAUAAUGCAGAGAUACUAAGGCGUGUACUAUCUGGAGAAAGUGGACCAAUUGCUGAUGCAUUUGUGAUAAAUGCGGGAGCAGCUCUUCUGGUCAGUGGAAAUGUAAACACACUGGCUGAAGGAGUGGCUCUGGCUCGGGAAACACUCCUAUCCGGCAAAGCUCUCAAGACCCUUGAUUCGUGGAUAGAUAUUUCCCAAGUGAUAAAUGCGGGAGCAGCUCUUCUGGUCAGUGGAAAUGUAAACACACUGGCUGAAGGAGUGGCUCUGGCUCGGGAAACACUCCUAUCCGGCAAAGCUCUCAAGACCCUUGAUUCGUGGAUAGAUAUUUCCCAAGUGGUGAAAAAAUCAGGCUUUGCAGGGACUACAGGAUCGACAUGA